AUGGCCUCUCUCCUCUUAGCAGCAUGUGCCAAGGGGCAAAGACGAUCUCUACCUAACGCAACAGUCAUGAUUCACAGCCUUCAGAUUGUCCGUGUGUGUGAUGCGUUGAAUGAGCUCUAUUCAAAACACACUGGUAAACCUAUUGAUGUUAUUGCAAAGAACAUGGAUAGGGAUCAUUUCAUGACUCCUGGAGAGGCUAAGGCGUUUGGGAGAUGA